AAGCUGGGAAGUCCAAGGUCAGCUCGCUGGCAGAUUCAGUUUGUGAGGGCCUGCUUCCUGGGUCAUAGCUGUCUAAUCACUGUAACCUCAAAUGGCAGAAGGAAGGAGGUUUGUUUCCUCCACGGACAGUGAGCAUUUUCAGGGCAGGAACCCCCUGUCGCCCCUUCAUUGUCGCACCCCAACACCCAGCAGAAUGCUCAGCGCCAGUGCCUCAAAGUGGUUUUCAAAGGAAGGAUAUUCAUGGGGAUAUUGCUGUCUUUUAAAUAUUUGAUACGCUUUUGGACUAGGUAUAGAUGACUCUUAAUGUGUUGAUCCUGAUAACAGGCUGCACAUCGCCAUGUUAGUUUACUGACCAGCAAAAUAAAAAUAACGUUAAUCUGCGUUGCAUAGCAAUUAAUGUGCAAGAACAAAUAAAUAUUUCAAGCACCAGGAAGAAGUCUGGUUAGGAAGUUGGCAAAAUGAAUCCAAACUCCCUUUUCAAACACUUUAAAGAAAACUGAGGGGUCCUUCUCCAAGAUAAGACUCUGGUUUUAGGUACUUCUCUUUGUCUGAAUUAGCUUAGAUAUAAAAAUAGGGGAUUGGAUCAUGUCUCUUCCUCUCCUUUAACUGUAAAAUUAUAUUAUUCCAAUGGUUCUAUUACAUUUUUUUUUGGAUUAGCAAUAAAAACUACAUUAAAAGACUCACUUUUACCAAUGCUCCCAAGCGUGUUGUGAAGUUCAGUUGACUUCGAAUAAUGGAUGUGUAAACACAUUAAGUGGUACUUCCACCGUGGCUCUGUUUCUUUAAGAGACCUUGGUUGUUAAGUUGGAAGAUCAUUGAACCAUAUGAGGGUCAAUAAAAGAAUAAAAAGUCACUGGUUAGUGAUUCGAGUACAAGGAACUUAAUCCCAGCUCUGUAUCUGUGUGUCCAUAUGCUGCUCACUGUCAGAGGGGAACCAUUUGAUCCCCAGGCACACACCCUUCCCCAGGAUGGCUUCUGGAAAACUAGUCAAGUUCGUGGUUUUUGAGCUGCUUGAGUUUGCUGCCUUUUCCAUCCCCACGCUCGUGAUGAUGGAACAGUUUGCCUCUGCUGAUCAAAACACAAGGGAUACACGGGACAGAACACAUUAUUGGCUGAUUGUUUCCUGUUCGAUUGCUUAUGUAGCCUUAAUGACUAUCUUGAUAUGGAUUCCCGUGAAAGUUCUCUUGUUCAAGAAACGUCAUCUUUACCAAAAAGUCAUAGGAUGGAGACCUGUUAUGGUGAUGUGUGUAGUACUCACCACACUUCCCAGCUUCAGCUUUUCCAUAGCAGUGACUGAGGUUCAGAAGAAUGUUAAUGGUUCUGCCGUGUUGCCUGAUAUGUUACCUGACCUGCCAGUCUCUCUGGUUCUGACUUGCUUGAUCAUGGUUGAUAUUAUUGAAAAACUCAGGACAUAUCCUCUUAGAGGGCAGCUAAAGAGUAACGAAGACAAGCAUGUGUAUAUGACCAGUCUGCAACAAAUAAAAACUGUGACGGACCAAGUGAGGCAAAAUGAAGAAAACCUGACACCCCCGCAGCCAGCCAAAAGGAUCCAGUUGUCACGACCACCAGGAGCCACGACAUGGCGCCCUGCUCCUGAUCUGGAGGGACCCCAGGAGCCCACCUUUGACUCAGGAAUCCUGAAAGCCAUGUCCCAGCAGGACAUCCGCGCACAAGUCUUCCUGUGGACCUUUCUGCUGUGGUCUGACACUGUAGAAAUGGUCCGGGUGGCCGGGCAUCCCAAUGUGUACAAGUCAGGCUGGGUCUACCCAGUCUACCUGUUCAGUUUCAUUUCUCUUCUUAGAAUGAUAUUCACUUCUCAGAACCCACUUCUGAAUUCCCUGGGCAUCCUGCUCCAGGAUCUGCCCUUUAUCUUUGUUAGACUUUGUUUAAUCAUUGCCCUGGGAACUAUCACACCUGUAUUGGGCCUUUGUAAAAACGUACUCGUGACUCUCUCUUAUGUUUACUUCAAUUACUUAACCAAAUUCAGGAUUUUCUCAUCCUUUGAAACGUCUUUUUAAAAAGAGAAUGUAAUGUAGUCAAACCUCUUUGUGUUGCACAUUGCACACGUGUAAUCUCUUUUGGGGGCAGGCAUAAGUUUUUGUCACUAUACAAAGAAAUGAAUAGAUAGUGGAGAAAGAACUGUUUUUUUUAAAAACUGUAGCCGGUCAAUUUUUACAAUGUAUAUACAUGGUGCUAACUUUAGGCAAAGUUACAGUCUUAUAAGUUAGCUUUCCUCGAUCUCUAGAAAAUGUUAGUAGUUAAUUUUAGUUAUGUAUUCUGCACUUUUUCUAAAAACGCUCUUCAAUUGAGCCUUCUAAAAAAUAAGAACAUGUUUUCCCACUAAGUUAGUCCAAGAAUGAGAUUGUUUUUAUCAUUUAUAUAAAGAGCAUUAUAAGAAUUAAUUAGUUAAAAUUAAUUUUUAAGAAGUAUACUUGUAAUUAUUGAAUAAUUUUUAGAUUCUACUUUUAAAAAUUUGAAUUGUAGUUUUAGGGUCUCCUUCAAAUAUGGAAUUAUGCUCUUUAUUCCACUGUGGCAAGUGGCUUUUAUGUAAUCAAUUGAUUUCAGCAUAGAAAGCAAUUUAGUUUAACAGACAUUUGGCUCAAUUUAAUAUCAUGAAGUCAAGGUACACCCGUAAACUCUAGAUAACAUUUUAUCAUAGGAAGCCCUAAUUUGAAGAGGGAGAUUUCACAGUAAAAGAAUAUUUUAGUUGUGGAAUAUUAUACCAUCAUGAAAAUAAUCAGGAGCAAAUCCUGUUUAAACUUAGAAGAUCAACUUACUGAUCUAACAGCCAAUGCAUUAGUGUCUUAUGUGAUACUAUACAGUGGUUAUCCUGAUGUUAAAUAAUUAGACCCAGAAUUAUGUAAUUUGCUUUCACUAUGUUAGGACAUUCUCAGGUAUUCAUAGUGAGGGCUCUUCCUUUUAUGUAAAUUUUCAGUUGCUAGAAAGAGGCUUGUGCAUGCAGGGGAAUGUUUUAUGUAGCCAAUCUUUUCCGUAAUCUGUGGUAACAAACAGGAUGGAUAACUGAACUUGCCUGCCACCCCUUUUCUCCACCAAGUCCCCCAGUCUCACUCCCCUCAUAUGCUUUAUGGUUUCUCCUCACACCACAAAAGAAGGUCUAUUCCCAGUUGUUAAUAGCUUAACUUCUAGCUUUAUGAUUUGGGGUAAAUUCUUUGACUACUGUAAAUCCUAGUUUCCACAUCUAAAAGAUGAGCAUCUUAAUAGUACUUUCAUAGAGUUACAUGGUACUUUCAUAGGGGUAAGAGGAGUAAGUGAGCUAGGGAAUGUUCUCAUUACAUUGUCUGACAAACUAUAAUAACCUGAUAAGUGCUAAGUAUUUUAAUUGUACCAAAUCCCUACAGAGAAACAGGUAGCUAAAUGCAGUAUUUUAAUUUUCCUGUUUUAUUCUUUUAUGUGUCCCUGCCGACACUCUGGGAAUAACAGUUUAAACCUUGCAGUUGUGAAAAGUAAUAUAUAAAAUCUUAAGGUUACCUCAUAUAUAAUUUUCCAUCAAGUAGUGUUAUGUUCAGAAGUGAGCCAUCUACUGAACAUAUGGAUUAAAGCUGAUCUAAGUAUUCAAUCAUCAGACACUGGAGUGGCCCUCCCAUGAGUUCUCAUAGAGCCUUAACUAUAGCACUUUUUUAAGACUUUCAUUAAGGGUUUACUUUUCUGAGUUCCCCAUUCAUCUUUAAAUUCCUUAAAGAAAGGCCCAAGAAUAUCGUAUUUAACAACGUGUCUUUAUCUUCCUGUCAUUUCAACAGAAACUUAAAAUAUUUAUAAUUCUCAAAAAAUUAUAAUAUAAAUAAUUUUUUAAAGCACACCAUGAUAAUCUUUAUUAAUAACCUAUAACCAAGUAAUUGAUUUUUAAUAUUUAUAAAUAUGAAAACACUUUACAUACAUUUGUUUUUGUCUUUAUAUUGGAACUUAAAGAGUGAACAGUACUCAGAUAAGCUAAAAAGUAUUACUUGUUUGAGUUUAGAAUGCAUUUUGUAUCUUAUAUAUUUGAAUAUGAAUAUGCCUGAUAUUUUGGGAAGUCACAACACUUUGUAUAAAUAAUGAAGGCAUGUACAAAAUUAUUAAGUAUCUAAUUUAAUUUAAUAGUUUAUUUUAAGAGUCUGCACAUGUUUAUAAAGUUCAAGCCUAUGGUACUUAAUUGGCAUUGCAGCAAAUUAUGCUAAUGGAACAUUGGAGUUCUACACUGUGGGAUUAAAAAGUAUAUUAUUAAAAUUAUA